AUGGCGGCUAAGUUAGGCUAUGGAAGGGAUGAUUGGGCGACGGGACGCGAUAUCUCCUCUGAAGAACGGGAGUGUGGGAUGAUUUUGCGGAUGCGCGAGAUUCCCACGCGUGGGGCUUCCUCGCAGCCGAAUCCGACUUCGAGUUCGGCUUCGUCAUCUUCUCCAUUGUGGAAUGCCGUGAUCAAGGGCCAAUCGAGUGACUUCCAAGUAAAUGAAAUCCACUCAAACGAGUUAUUUACCGCCGCCGCUAUUCUCGCGCGGCGGCCGCGGUCGCGUUGGCGGAAACUCUCCCGCGCGCAGACCCUCCUGGUGGAAAAUUCCCCCUUGGAAAGCUUCGGGAGCCCGGAUAAAACCUUUUCCCCGCGCGUGCAAAGCCACGGGACGUAUAUGCCGCUUCACGGAAGGCUCCCGACGGCGGAGCCGGUUUUGCAUUUUAUGAUUUACCGCGAUUCGAACGCGGUGGGGAAUCUUUAUCAUCGAUUUUUACGCGAAUUAGGCGUGGAAAAGGCGGCACUGACGCUGCGGGAGGGCCCCGGGGGGUUCUACGGCUGUCUUUCGCAGUUCGCCGCCGGGGUGGGGAUCACCAAGGAGCAGAUCGUCCAUCUCUCCCGGCAUUACGCUUUGCACCCUUUAAUUAUCGAUCCACGAAAGUAUUACCCAUUGGAGGCCUGGGGGCCCUUAACGGCCCCGCCGCGGGCGUAUUUUUAUCGCGUUCUUCUUCGCGCCGUGGGGCCGAAUGCCCCAAACCCCCCUCCCAUCCCGGAGGUCCUUCAAUCGUGGACGGAAAACGGCUUUGUGAACUAUUUCGGGAUCGAGCGCUUCGGGGUGGGGGCGAAUCGGGCCUUCGAGGUCGCCGCGUUCGCCGCGCGCGGGGAUUUCCCGCGCGGGGUCGGGGGGGUUUUGCAGACCCUCGCCGAGGCCGAUCCCUUUCAUCUCGCGCACUUCACGGCGUACGUAAACGCGGCCCCCGGGGGGGUGUCCGGUGUGGUGGAGGCGUGGGCCCGCGAAACCCGGGCCCUCCGCGCGGCCCCCGCCAUUUGCCGCCUGCCCGACGCCCUCCACCGCCACCACGCCGGUGCGAAGGGCGAAGGCGAAGGGGGGGCCCCAAACGAGAGGGAACGAGCGCAUUCGAGCGCCCCGGAAAGGGCCGGGGAGGGGUUCGCGGAGUUGGAGAAUGCGUGGCGGGAGGGGGGAAUGGAGGCGGCGGCGCGGCGGAGCGCCGCGGAGUUCGUGUGGAAUGCGAUGGCCUCGCAGCGGCUGCUCAGCCACGGCCGGGAGGUCGUCGUCGGGGAUGUCGUUCGCGUCGGGGACGAGGCGGUGGGGGAUCCCCCCGCGGAAGUCCGUCGCGUGCGCACUUCGGAAGAGGCGCGGGCGCGCACCAUCGACGAGGUGGUGCUGCCGGUGCCCUACCCCGGGUCGGACCUCGCCCGCGCGGUUUUCCCCGCCAUCGGCGCGCUCAACUUCGCCCUAUUUGAAGAAUUUGCCGCGCGGUAUCAGCUGGGGUUUUUAUUUCAUCCCGAAACGGAAAUCGCCUCAAUCGGGGAAAAGCCAAAUUGGGAGCCGAUAACGUAUCGACCAAUUGUGCGAAAACCGCACAAAUUAUCCGCGUCGAUGAUUUACGAUCCUUCGUCGUUUACCGCGUUAAAAAGUGAUUUAUUUCUGCUCCAGGAACGCAAAGCGGUGGAGCAUUUGGAUUUGGACUACGCCAAUCGGGUGCGGGAGCCAAGUAUUUAUAACAUUUCCGAGCGUUUUGCGGAGCGGUUGGCCUUGGUCAAACAAGUUCAUUCGGGAAAUUAUUCGGUUGCUCUCUCUUUCAUGCUUCCCGCAGACGCCUCGCCGCUAGUCGCCUUGCGAGAGGUUUUUGCGCUGAAGUAUCUUCAUUUUAAUGAUUUACACUUUUCUACAGCGGCAGAAUGUUGA